AUGAAUGAGCUAUAUUCGCUGUGCGAAGAUAUAGGAGAAAAGGACAAAAUUUUAAUUUCGGAAAAAUUAAGGAGUAAUUACGAAAAUAUUUUGCGCUUGUUACAUAAAGCAAGGGUCUACUUAGAAUUUGUCAGGUGUCUAAAAUUCACUGAAUAUAACCCCAGUAAGAACAAAAAGUGCGAAGAGGAUAUUUUAAAGUUCAUUAACUAUUUGGAGUCAAAGAAGAGGAAACAUUACCAGCACAUAUGUGGAACACUGAUCAAAUUCAUCAUUACGUCUCUCAAAAAAAGUGAUACUCCUGCGGAUAACAAACCGGACAUUGCCGAACUGGAGAAGCAAGCUAAUCUUGACAAUUACGAAAAAAGCAGCAUUAAAAAUGACGAAAAAGUUCAUGAUUCUACCAUAAGUGAAACGCAUAAAUUGAAGGAUAACGCAGAUGCGUGGGACAAAAACUGUAUUGACGAAAAAAGCGUGAUCGAGCCCUUUGACGAGUUGGAAGAAUAUGGAGAUUAUCUAUACAACGUUCUGAAUCAGAUGGAUAGUACAUCGUGGAAGGAUAAAAAAUAUGAGGAGUUCCUAAAAAUGAUUAGCCUGAAUGAUGCCAUCAUAAAUGAUGAAAAUGAAAAGGCAAAAAAUUCAGAAAGUAGAAGCUUCACAAACCUUUCAAAGGUAACAAACAACAUUAUUUUGUUGCCAAAGUAUUUGGAAAAUGUAAGAAAUUCUAUAUAUAACCAUCAGAAUAAGUCAAUAUCAGAGGUGCAGUCCAUGAUUGAGCAUGCCAUGAGUGAUAACAUAAAAGCUCCCUUGUUUAAAACAGGGAAAAUAAUAAGCGAAAUGCUUCCCUCUCCGGAUUAUGAAAAGUAUUGCUCUAACACAAAAUCGGAUUUUCUAAAUAAACUGGAUGAUACAUCCAUAGUGCAGGACAUGGUGUUCAAAAUUUUUAACCUAAACAAAAACCAGUCAAGUAGUGGCGCAGCAGUCCCAUCAAAUGUUUACAGCGUGAACUGUUACGACAUUUUUAAAAUUAUAUUAAAAGGGAUAAACUCUCUUAAAAAUGAAAACGAAGAAAUAUAUCUGUUUCUUAGACAGCUGCUUAACAAAACGAAGAAGAACUACACCCACAUGUGCAGCAAAGAAACAACAGAGACGCAUUUCAACCCAAGUGAUAAAUUGAAUUAUUCUUUUCUGCCAUUGCAUUUGUACAAUAACACUAGUGACAUUUGCAGGGAGAUAUUAAAAUAUGCCAUUUGUAAUAACGACUUGGUGUUCACGCUGAAGAUAGUCGACACCUUUUUAACCAUAGCGGUAUAUGAAAACUCGCUAAAAUAUUUGGUGCAUUUUUUGAACACCCUGGCGGAGUAUAUUAUUAUCCCCUAUCUGCGAAGUGAAAUAAGGUCGCGUUACAAAAAGGUUGGUGAUGAUCGAGACCUCAUCAGUGGCAAUAAAUUGGAGGAGAAAAAAAAGGAUUGCACUGUAGUAGGUGUAGAAAAUAGUAACAAGGAAUUCUGCUCCAGUUACACAAACUUCAACAAGCUAAUGUGCAAAAUUCCGUUGCACGAAUACGAAUCGCUGAAGCUGUUGGAACUCUUUUCCCUACAGUAUCCUAUGUUUUUAAAAAUAAACAAUAACCCACAGAGGUGCCUGAAAGAUAUCGCCAAGCCUUGUGAGUAUUCCAGUAAUGUCCUUCCCACGUACGGAUCGUACAUAUUUCAAGUGGCAGUCUCCUUCGAAAUUGACAAUUCUAUAAAGGUGUUGGAUGAACUUGGCUCAAAGUGCAAGAUAACAUUUCAGCUGGUGGAAGAUGAGGGGAAUGAAGAAAACAGCACAGAUGGCACUUCGGAGGAAGACGUGAGUAAACAAAAGGAGUACAACUUUUUGGAGAUUAAUUUUCAGCAGAAUCAUAUGUACACCAAAUUGAUGAAACCAUCUGGUGCAGAAUCAUUCGCGAAGGAAAAGGAUGAAACGGAAAGGGAGACUAAUGACAAAUCAAAUAAAAUGUCAAACGGAGAGCAUAACGAGCAGGACGCUAACCAGCCUAACAGUAUCAAUAACACCGAAGUAACCAGUCAUGAGAGAGGUAAGAACCGGACGAAAAAUGCGAAUAAACUGAUCAAUGUGUACGACAUUACGAACAUGAACACCAUCAUAUUUGACAUACUGAUCGAUCAAGGAUGUUACAGCAAUGAUGGGAAUACUUGCGAUUUUCAAAACGACCAUGGGAAAAUAGUGAUCUAUUCCAACGGAAGGCAUUUACUAACAACAAGUAUAAGAAAGAAGAACUCCCCGCUAGAUAACAACAUACUAAUAAAUAACAAUAUAAAGCUGAAGGUGUACACCUCACGCACGUGCAUCUUUGAGUUUCCAAAGGAGUGUUUCUGGUCUUCUGCAUUCGUCGAUGAAUUAGUAAACAGAAAAUUAAUCCCAGAUAUCAAUCGAAACUUUCUCCUCAGAAACCCGCUUAACAUAGUGGAGCUUUAUAAUAAGGUGUCCAUUGCUCUGAAUCGCUACAUGUAUCGUUUUUGCGAUUGGAAUGACGACGACUAUAGGAAGAUAAUGGAAAAAGAAACCUCAUACACAUUAUACAGAAACAUUGAUAUUUACACCUUUGAGACGCUAAUUAAGUGCACAGAAAAUAACAAUAAAAUUUUGACGAAGCUGUUCAAAUUGGCCAAAAGUUGCGCAGUUCCUGGGGGUGGACUUGUCCCUGAUGAGGACCAAGGCAAGAACGAGGUUUACCCGAACCGUUACACAACCCAUUGCACGAGUGAAACCAACGACCGUGUGGGAAUGUAUAGAGAGUACCUUUACGAAUGGAACCAAACUUCCGAUUCGCAAAUCUGCGCCUUGAGCAUUUUAAAGUUAUAUUUGAAAAACAACAUGCAUGUGCAAAAUAACAGGAUUGAAAAUAACGAGAACUUUUACUCCCUGUCGGAAAGAUUGAUUACAUCGUUUUUGAAAAUAAUUAAGCUGAAAACUCCGUUCAUAAGAAGAGACGAUUACUGCGUAAGUCAAUAUUAUCAAAUGGAGGAGUUGGACCUGAAUGGGAGUUUAUGGCUACUCAGGAGAAAUGUCUUUCAGAUACUACUAGAGGCGGAUAAAAUAAUUAUAAGCAAUGUUUUUAUGAGGAUUCACAUAGAGACCAUCUUAAAAUUGCUCAGGUUCUUUUCCGAUAAUAACAGCCUUGAUUCGCAGAUAAUACUGAAGCUGUUAAAGUCUCUGGAACAUAAGGGCAUUUUGGAAAUAAUGAUGAAACGGAUGUUAAGUGUCCCAUAUCACAACUGUUCAAGCGGUUCUUAUAAGAAGAUGAACUUAAGCUCCACUAGUCGUUACGUAAACUCUAAGAACAUGAACUCGUGCACAUUCUCGUCAGCGUCGUCUAAUUCGACUAUCUACAACGCUAGCGUGGAUAACAUAAAUGAUGCGAAUGCAAACAGAAAUAGGGAAGAAAAACGAAAGAAGAGAAAGUAUUACGAGGAAAACAAACACGAAAUUGAGAGAUACGAGAAGAGAAAAAAAAACACCAAGAGCAGGAUCAUAGACUGCACACACUUUGGAAUAUUCGUCGAAGAGCUAAUUUCUCUUAUAAAUCAUCAAACAAAUGAUGCAAUCAAUGUUCCCGUUGUGCAGUACAACGAAGAGAGCGAUUUUUUGAUGGAGAACAAAGCGUGUGAUAUUAUUCAUAAGUUGUGUUCUUUCUAUGAAGAUGAAUGGAGGAAUGAGAGCUGUGCAAAUUAUAGCUACUUUGACUUUUGUGUAAAAAUACUGAAUCAGAUAAAGCAUAAGAACAAUCAUGUGAGCAGUGCGAGUGAAGUGGCCUCUAUUUUUUUGCGGGGAAUUGUGCUGAUGCUGACAACAUACAUAUUGACCAUAGCAACGGAAUAUGAAAGCGCGAAAACGUUUUUGUAUCAGCCGGUCAUUCCGUUUUACAAUGCGUACGACGAAAUGGCAAGGGAGGGGGAAUCUGACGAUAGGAAGCAUGACUCCAUGAUGCAGUUAAGGAAUGCAAAAUGGGCAAAAGGCGAAAUAGAGCAAAUGGAAGACUUGGGGGACACCAGCGAAGAGGACGAAUCGGCGCGCAGGGACUUGUUGCCAAAUGGGUCCAACAUAUCGUCCACCUUGAAGAACCAUUUAUUUGACACGCUCAGCAAUGACAUGGAGGAUAGAAGCAGUUGUAACAGUAAGUACUCCAGUUUUUUUAGCCCUAGUUCGUCGCUAGACACAGAAAAUAAGCAUUUCUUAAUGUAUGCCAAGUGUGAUAGGAAGAAAAAAUCUUGGAUUCCCCUGGUGAGCAGCCCAAACCAUGGCCUACUAGAUGAUGUCAUAUCCCAUUCGGACGAUUCAGGAUCGCACAUAUAUAUAAACAAGAACGAAUUGUCAGACUUCAUUCAAACCAGUUUGGAGAGCAUAAAUGAUGAAAAUGUGGAUGUCACGCUAAAUCAGAAGAAGUCCAUCGAAUCGCAUAAUAGCAAGAGUAGGCCCACGCGCCUCUCCGAGUAUUACUACAACUCGGACGAGUCUGAAGAGUUCUACAUUAGAAAAAAUUUGCAGGACUAUAACGAAAUGAAUAGCGACUCGAACAACUUCAAAACACAGCUGAAUGGUAUAAUGUAUAAAUUUUCCAAAAAGAAAAAGUACAUGAAAAAUGGGAAGAAGCUUAAGCACCUGAGAAAGAAGAUAAUGAAAUAUAAGAAUGACUCCAAAAAACUGAACUUUAUAUUUUCCCUUUUGGAGGAAAUAUUAAAAAUAAUGCUGGGUGUGGGGUUGCGCGUCCUUUCGAGCAUUUCGUAUCACUACCUGUACGAGAAAAACGGGAUGCACAAAUUUAUAUACAUAUUUGGGUCUAAGGUGAUUCGAAAUGACUUAAAUGACAAAACGUCAUUUUUAGAGUUGUGUGAAAAUAUGAUUAAGCCGAAGAGUCUGACCCUCUUGCAAGCGUGCAAUUUUAUCAUAAGCGGAAUAAUACCCUGCCUGGGAUACGUCACCAACCUUUUUGUGGAUAAGAAAAGCAACAGAUAUUCCUACAUCAAGGAAUUGAAGAAUUAUCUGUCGUUAAAAAUGGCCCUGAACAUAUGGCCCAUGUUUUUAAAGAUAACAUUGCAGGGCCUCUUGACGUCUAGACAUCUCUCCUUCGAAAUGUCGGUGCACAAGGACAGUUUGCAUCCCAUUGCCGAGUGCUGCAUAAGCAUUACAAGUUUGGCCACUCAUUUCUUAACCUUCUUUACUGUUAUGUCAGACAAUGUUAGCAAAUAUGAAAUAUACGUGAAUAUGAGGAAAAACCUGAUGAGCGCGAACCCGUGCCCCAUACCGCUCAUUCUGAUCAAUGCCGCAAAAUACAUUCGCAUUUCGUCAAAAAGGAACAAGUACUACGAUUUUGAGAAGGCCAUAAGGACUAUUCUGCUUCAGCUUACAGAUUGCUCCGUGUGCGACUAUGAGAACUACCUGUUCAAUCACUACAUAAUUCCGGAGAGCAUUUCUAGCUUCUUAUCGGCUACGAAAAUGACUGGCGAGGAGGAGAUGAUCAAGGAGGGAUGCCACAACAGUAUAUUAACAAAUCGAUCCAACAAUGAAAUUAACAUAAGUGAGCUUAAGUCUGUGGCAAAGUCUUACAUGAAGACGUACAAAUCGAUGUACGCACAAGAGGAGGUAAUCCGUUCGAACAAUUUUGAAGGGAAACACCUUGGCAGCAAGACGGAAACGGAGAAGGCACCCACGGGAAACGAAUCCAGCAAAAUGUGCUCUAAGACAAACAUCGAAUUUUUGAAGAGACUGAUGAAUAAUGACAAGGAUGCUGUAAAGUACCUGGGCACAUUUUACAACGUGUUCCACAAAAAUUUCGAAAGAGCCCAAAUAGCCUUCGUUGCUGUGUUUUUGUACCUCAUCGGUUAUAACCACAGCCAAGUGAGAGACAUGGAGAAUGACCCACAGAAUGGUGUGUGCAGUAGGGAAAAAAAGGAAAGUGCCCUCAUAAGUGAAGCGCUAGAAAUGAAGAAAAUAACCAUAGCGUGCAAUUUGGCCAGGCAGGGAGUAAUUGACCUGAUAUCGAAGAGCCAAAUACAGCAUCAGAAGGGAAGCAUCGAAUGUAAGUUUUCGUCAAAGUCGAAGAAGAGCGAAGAGAAAGCGAACGAUAAAAGUAUGGAGUUCCUGGAAUUGUACAACAAGGAGGUGGACGAAGUGGAUAGAGUGGACGAAGUGGAUGCAGUGGACGAAGUGGAUGCAGUGGACGAAGUGGAUGGGGUGAACGAAGUGGAUGGAGUGGACGAAAUGGAUGGAGUGGAUCAAGUGGGUGCGGCGGACGAGGUGGGCGAUAGGAAGGGUGCGCUAGAUGAAAAGAAGCAGAGCAUUAACUCUACCAAUAGUGACGAACAGAACGAAUUUGUAUGCAGCAAGAGUAUACCGGAACAUGGGCAGCAACCCCUGUCAGAUGCAGAACGGGAUGGGUACAUUUCGUGCAAUUUGAGCAAAGAAGAAUUAAACUACCUGAACGAUGUGUUACCGAACGCGGAGAAGUGCAGCAACAAAAGUAGCGAGCUGUCAGCAGUAGACUUAAUAAAAAGGAAGAGGGAAAAACAAAUCGAUAAGAUAUUAAAAAAGUGUGAAUGGAUUAUUAAUACUUACCCACAUGGCUUAUGCCCGAUAGUUAUCAAGGACAAUUUUUCACACGAAUGGGAUGAGCACUUUGUGUUUAUGCGUCGAAAUUCGUAUGACAUCCCCAUUACUGCUAGGAAGAUAUACUCAGAUCGUAGUGACUUCUACUUGGUGCAGGAAGCUGCCACCAUGCCAACCUUUGCCAGCGCGUUAAAAACAAAUGUUUCCUCCCUGAGCUAUUUUGAUCAAAUCCUUAGACACCCAAAUAAUAUUGAUGAGAAACUGGAGUGUAUACAAUUUAGCACGGAGAAUAUUUUCGGAAAAGGGACGACUAAAAAUUUGUGUCUUCUGAAAAGAUUGUUAAAAACGUAUAAAAGGAAUGUUAGUUUGAAGGACUCCAAUAAUGGAGAUCCCAAAUCGGACAAGGAGAACGGGGAAAAUUCAAAGCAGCUACAUAUGUACGUUGGUAACAGCAAGACCAGGAAUUUCUCCAACAGUUGCCCAAGUUGCGAUAGCGCCAAUUUUUACAAUGAUGAGUCGAACUUUUAUAUGAAUUACAACUUCUGUGAAAAGAAUAAUGACAAUUCGAACAACUCUAUUAUUAUGAAAUACUCCAAUCAUGGUAAGAAUAAUGUGAAACAUGGUGUUGGAGGUUUAUGGCAAGAUUCUCGGUUGACGAAGAAUUAUAUUUUCCACCACGGCAAUGAUGUGACUCCAGGAGAAGAGCUAAACUCAACCAUGGUAAAUUGCAAAUCUGACUUUUAUUUUUUUUCCCCCAAAUCGUUUGAUGAAAAUGACUUCAUUAGCCGAAACGGCAACAACGGUAGCAAAUGGGACUGUAGCGCUGGGUACGUCACGAAGUACACCAAUUCAAUGUUGGAUUAUGAGGAAAACCUAUCGGACCAUAACUUGUCCGAGGUACACAAUAAAUGUAAUGGUCUUUCCAAAUCGCAAAAAAUCUUCUCCAUGCAUAAGCAAGACUUUAUGAGAGCGUACCAUGACGAAAUGAAGAACAAGCAGGGAUCUGACAAAAAAAAAGGAUUCCCCUCCUUUGACUGUUUUAGAGGUAAGGUCACCCCGGUUAAUUCGAAAGACGUGGACACAGAUGUAAUCGUAAAUGUUAACAGCAUUAUGGACCAGAGCGUCGACUCGAAGGACUUGUUGCAGUUAAAAGAAAUACUAAGCUUUUUAAUUAACGACACGGAUCUUGACACCGUUUUGAAUAUCAUCAGAAUAGAGCAGCUAACCACCCUGUGUCGUUACCUUAUCAGUAGGAGCUUAAAGUCUAUGCUGUGUGCAGGAAUUUUUGGAGGUAUUAAAAACCCCAUAGUGAACAUGAACAAGGAUAAUAAUGUAUGUCCGAAUAAGCGAUCCCAAAAGGGAUAUAACUCAAAUUCGGAUGACAUUAAAAAAAAGAAGAAGAGUAACUGCAAUGAGAAGAGCGUAGACAGGAGUGGGUUCUGUGCUAGUGAAAAUUAUGCCAAUGUGAAUAAUACCAACAGUGGAAGUGUGAAUCUCCCCGUGGGUAGUAGAAACCAGCAAACUAUGUCAGAUGGAAAGCGCCGCCUACUCGAGACGCACAUACCAAACGGAAACAAAAAGGAAAAGGGGAUCUCCUUCCACAAAAAGAACAGACGCAUCGCCCUAUGUGAUAAUGGCAAAUUUGGCACGCUCCGGGACCAAAGGAAGUAUAAAAAUUUCGAAACAAAUAAGAAGUAUAGCAAAGAUGACAAGAGGAAAAAGGGGAUAUUUGAGCAGUGGAGGCAGAAAUCCGCCAAAAGUAUGCAGUGGCCUGUCAUACUGGACUUGCUCGUGCCGUCCUCCAGCAGAGGUACAUACAACGAAGACAACAAAGCAAUUUCCAAUAUCGAGCCGUCCCUCUUCUCCGUGCAAAAUUAUGGCUGGAUGCUUCUGAAAUUGUUGCACAUUAUAACGAUAAAGUUUAGGAACGUCUCUCCGUUGAAGAACGUGAUUACACAGAUGAAUGAAGGAGGCAGAAACGGUGGGAGUAGUAGUAGCGCCUGGGGUGGUGCCCCUGGCGGCAGCCAAAAUGUAAAGAACCAAUUUUCACACCACUACUGGUUCACGCAACCUAUGGAGCACGCCUUGUCCUUUACCCUGACGGAUAUCACGAAGAGCACAUGUAUAUGGUACCUAAGGUACAAUCGCAAAAUGCUGAUGAACUCGUCUAACUUUUCGCAAAUUAUAAAAAAUUCCAUGAACACGCUGUGGAUUGAAAGUGUGUUGCGCUUGAUAGCUUUGCAAAUAUGCUUACGAGUGAAGCCACUGAAUGAUAGCAGAUAUGUAGUCCCGUUCUUGUACCACAUGUUGACUAUCUGCCAGCCGCUACUCAGAGAAGUGCACCUAGACAGUGAGAAUUUGAAGAAGAAGCACAUAGCAGGAAACAGAAGAACAAUUUUUAUGGAUGCAAAUAAUUCGCCAUUCGAAGUGAUAUGUUCUCAUUGCCACAAAUGCAUAACAGGAACUUCUAAAAAUGUGAACUCUAAGAUUUUCCCCAUUGGAAAGAAUUUAAAAAAUAUUAGGAAAAUAAACUCCAGCGAAAUGACCUACACCAAGAAAGCCUGCAACACCAGUGAGGAAACCAAAAAUAUGCUCGACGUAAAGGGAUAUAUACAUUCAGAACGUGUACAGAAGAAGCAGAAGAAAAUUAAACAAAAGGUCUUGCGCGUGAGGAACUACAAUUCUUCAGAGCAUGAGCACGAACAUGAUGUGAUAUUGGACAAUGUAAUCACAGGCAUUGUUGUGUACCACGAAACGGUUAACAAUGGUGUGCCUGUAAACAAAAAAAUGAUUUUGCAAAAUUUGAGUGGUUUUAAAAUAAAGAAGGAGUACACGCACGAAAAUCAGUAUUGGGCGUUGUGCACACAGCAAUAUUGCAAUUCCCCCCAUUACACAUUGCCGCUAAGAAAUGUGAAUAAGUCGGUCAAGCAUACGAACAGAAAUAUUUUCCAAAGUGUAGAUGACGAAUCGAAUUCAUGUUACUGGUCUAUCAGUGGGGACCCCGUUUAUAACAUUUAUGGUAAUGCCAAAGCGAUAUCAGAUGUGCAGCUAGAAAUAUGCGUCAACAAAAAUUAUGAUGCGUCUGUGAGAUCCUUCCUCAAAAAGAACAAUUUCGAAUUGGAACUUUCUAUUAACAACGAUGUGAAUGACGUGAUAAAUAUUUGGACGAAGAAGAAGGCAAUUAUUAUAAACAAGGAGUUGAUAGAGUGCACAGAUCCGUGUGCCGCCAGCCUUACGGGAAAUUCAUCACGAAAGGAAAAAUCAGUAGAUAACGAAAACGAGUUGGUAAAAAAUGAACUCCAAAAGGUCUCUAACGAGGAGAACGAGUUAAUAAACUCAGUGAGCAGAAGAAGCCGAUUUGAAAAUUACAUAAAUCGAAAUUAUGAGCAUGCAUCAGAACACGUUUGCCAGUGCAGGAAAUUUUCCACCGAUUAUGACCUUCCUAAUGAGAAUAACGACUGGUCGUACAAAAGUGUCCACUCUGAAAAUUGCAAAACGGGCAUCAGCAUGAGUACAUAUGACGAGAACGAUAACUUGAAUUAUAAGAAACUAAAAUUGAUAAGCUGGAAUUUGAUAAAAACGAUCUUGUGGGGGAUCCUAGUGUCUGGUGAAAAUUCCCACGGAGAGAACUCAGAUCAAGUCGUCUCAGAGAGUAGAACAAAAUGUGUAAAGAAUAAUCCAAGUAGUAACAUUCCGGAGGACAUAAAUGAGGAGUACACCUAUGGGAAUAACUACACCGAUUAUAAAUCUCAGUUUUAUUCGCUUCAAAGGAAGAGCCUCAUAGAAUCCGUUCUAAAAAUGAUCAUGUCUGUUUUGAUAAAGCUGUGCAACAUUGUGAAGCUGUACAAUGACUUGACAAAAAAUCAGCAGGGAUCCUUCUAUAUCAGAAUUAGUAACACAAAAAUAUGUAAGGAGCAAGUGAAAGAUUGUGAAAAAAUGAUCACUGAUUUUAUGUACUCCUUGAUAAAUUGUGUUCAGAAUUCUCCAACGGGGGCGGUGACUCUCCUAAGGUGCUUUCUCUUCGGCCAGGAUAAUCCUACCUACCGUUUUAAGAAACUGAAUAAGCUCAAUAUAAAUUGCAAUUUUUACAGACUGAUCACGGAAUGUAUUAAGAAAGCCCCUAACGACGCAGACGACAUCACCGUUUUUUUCAAAAACUACUUUGAUAAAAAGAUUGUAAAAAUGUAUGGAAUAGAUCAAGAAAGUAAUUCGAUGAACCAGGUUAGAAAGAUCAAAACAACGACCGUUGCCCCAGUGAGAGGGAGUGCCAGCAAUGCGGCCUACAACAGCGUGGCUGCGUCACCGAAGGAGAAUCUCAACCAUGGAAGCUGCAUAAGGCAUAAAGGAACGAACAUGAAAAUGUCUAAUUUUUUCUUUAAAAAUUAUGACACGAAUGUGAUGAGAAAUUAUAAGCAGAGUAAGAUACAUGGAUUCUUUCUGCUGAGGUGUUUGCCCCCCAUUAAGAUGUUCCCGAAGCAGUUGAUCUUACAGGAAACGAAAAAGUUGUUUCAUAGCGAGGUGAGUUUUUCCCACGAGAGUAGUACCGAAUCGACGCCUAAAGAAUAUGAUGACAGAAAAGGAGUCAAUAGUGCAAAUGAAACGUGCCAAAAUGAUGAGUUGCCAGUAAAUACAAGUUCGAAGGAGAACAUUUCUUCUGUCAAUUAUCAGAUGGACAUAAAUACGGCCAAUAAUGAAGGAAACUCCCAAUGUAACAGUAUCAAUGAUAUAUUAGGAUUGAUACCGAGGGUAUCGUACAGGAAUCACCCCUUUGAUGAAUUGCCCCAAUCUGAGUUUUUCAUGUCGAGUAGACCGUCAGACGAUUUUGAAGCGAACAUGGAAGGAAGAGUUCUGAGAGUGUUGCGUGGAUUAAAUUUAGGAGGUGUCGUUUUAUGCCUAGCACCACUGACAUUCCCUGCUUUGAAUAUUGGUCCGAACGAAGUAAACGAUAUAAUAAAUUUUCGUAUUCAGACGAGAGGCCGCUUCGGUGUGACCGUUGCCCCAGCAGAAUGCGUUUUGUCGAACGUGUCCGAAGUAUUUGACAGAAAUGACGUAGUUGGAUUUCGCACAAAUAUGUGUCCUCCAUUUAGACACGACGUGUUUGCCGCCAAUGUGCAGUAUGAGCUAGGCGAUUUAUUGAGCGUAAAAUUCAAUGUAGAAGACCAGCAGAAUCAGAAAUGCUUAAGAACAGAACUAAUGGUUUCAGGGGUCAGCAUCGGAUCCGUUCUUGAAGUGCUAUUCGAAGCAGAUUCGCAAAUCGAAUUCGAAAGGAGAAUGAACUUAAUAUUUAUUUUUCAAGAUCCGAUGACGAUUGUGUAUGAGGGCCCAACCUUCAGCAUGGAGUAUGUAGACCCAAACAGCAAGAAGUCCAGGAAUGCCAGAAAUGAAAAAAAAAAUUUGGAUGAGGAGUACCUGAACGAAUUUUAUGCCAUUGCUGGGCAUAACAAGAAGAACAUAAAGAAGCAGUUAAAAAAGAUAAAACUAAAAAAGAAAGAGUUCUACGAAUCGGUGAAACUUUAUCAGUCCAUUCUCGAUUCGGACAAUGAAAUAUUGAAGGACUUGAAGCAUGAAGUUAUAAUAAGAAUGAACACAACGUUGACUAGUGUAGCAGACCAUUUGAGGAAGAAUUCAUCAGCUUAUUUAUUUAUGGACCGAGUAGGGGAGAACUUCUCACAUGUUAGCAAUUUGGAAAACAUUCCCCAUUUUAACAAAACGAAAAGCCCUAAAUUGACACUUCUAAACACUCAAUCGUGUGAGGCACUGAGAAAUAAGGGUCCUGCUAACCUUGAUAAGGAGAGACCCCUCCUGGAUAAGAGGACGAACAAAUAUGUGCAUAAAAAAACGCACAAUUCGGUAUUCAGCAGCACAGGAGGAGAGAAAUAUGAAGCGCGAGAAGGUAAUGCUCGAAGGAGUGAUAUGAAGGAGGAAUUCACCUUUUCCGAUCAAAACACUUAUAACAUAAUUAAUUUUAACGAAAAUGCGAAUGGCGCAGAUCACACAAAUAACGAUGUGAAGUCCAAAGAAUUGCGGAACCGCCCCUCAGAGAUUGACAAAUUAAUGCAACAGAGGAGUGACCAGGCGUAUGUCAUGAAUCAAAAUUCGUCUCUCUACGUAAAUGUGUACAACAAAAAGGGGAAAGCAGGGUUAGAUAUAAACAAAUGCAUGAGAGAAGUUUUGUCCAUCAUAUGCGUCUUGGGAUUAAAUGUAAACCCCGAAGAGAAAAAAAAAUUUGAAGAUAAAAAUCAGGAUGGGAAGAACUCCUCCAUUGAUGAACUUCCCUGGUUGUCAAGCUUAUCCGAGUUAAAAAAUUCAGUAGCGUACAGUUUGGACAGAAAAUGCGUCGAGCUGUUUUUCUGCAAUUUGGUAGACAUCAUCUGUAGUGAUGUUUUCCUCCACGCCAUUUUUAAUUUUGUUACAAAGAAAUUGCACAAGAAGGAGGAGACCAUGAGCAAGGUGAAGCACAGCACAAAUGGGGCCAAAAACAACAAAAAGGUUAAGAAGAGGUUUAAAAAUUUAAGCGAAUUUGAGUCUAAGAAAGUUCUAGAAACAGCGGCAGAUUCAUACAACCAGAAUAGGGUGAACAAUGAGAACAGCACCAACAGCGCAAAUACGUUAAAUGAGAUCAAUAUAAACAAUUGUGGCUGUAUGGACAAUAGUGUAACCUCAGGAAAUGCUAACAGCAAUAAUGAUAACUCUUUAAUGAAUUCAAUUUUUAUCGAAGAAAAUGGAUCGUUAGAAGAACAUGAAGAAAGUCAGUUAGGUAAUGACAAUCAGGAAAUCUUUAUCAGGAAGGACAAGCUCAAGCUGGCAGACACGAGCUUAGACAACAAGGGUUCAGAUUUUAAGAAUAUUUCCUUUUCAGAUAAGGUUAGCAAAAAUGGCUUUUUCGAAUAUAGCCUGUGCUUGAUUGGAACCAAGGCAAUUAUGUGUUGCUGCAUUUUGUUGCGAACUCUGCUGGAGAUGAAUUCCGAUGGGUUCUAUAAACCCAAUGAGAGUGUGUAUGGGUCUUUUAAGAAGCUUCUAAGCUUUAUUAAGGUAUUUUUCUUCGUGGAUAUUGGCAUAAGUGAUGCGCUGAUAGUGCAUUUUGCGAGGAGGAACUCUGUGAACGUUGAGCACCUCUUUGGCAGCGGCAAGAGGGGAGCUUCUGAAUGGGAAGCUUCUCAAGGGGGAGGUCCUAAACAUGGUGACGCACAAAACACUACUUCUGAACCUGCCGUUGCGAUCGCCUCCUCCUUCGUCGGCAGCUUCCUGAACAAGGCAGAGAGUGAAAACUGCAGAUUAUUCUCCGAAGACGCGAAAGACGUCUACUUGGCGCCCCCCUAUACCCCCGAUGGAAAGAGCAGCGUUGACAAGGAAGGAACCAAAAACGAACAAGUGAACUUGUUAGAAAUUCUAACGAUUUGUGGAAUUCCAUCGGACUUUUUCCAAUACUUUAACAUAAGAACUCCAGCAAUUAAGAAUCAGCAGGUGAUAACUCAGAAUGACACGUUCGAUUUGUGGAUCUACAUCCUGAACCUCCUAGCUUGUUUCAACAGCCAAAGUAGGUAUUCCCUAUGUUUCCCCCAGAAUGUCCAUCAGCUAAGUAAUGGCUGCGUGAAGAGUGCCCUUUUCGAUUUUGAGUAUUCCAAUUCGAGUUUUUCCAACAAGAUAGUACGCAAAACGGCGAAGUUUUUUGCAGGGUGGUUGUUAAAAAAGUAUCUAAUCGACUUAAGCUGCGUUAUGGCAUCCUUACUGCCAAAAUUGUUUAUGGACGAGCUGAGAGAGAGCUUGGUAAGAAUAAACGAAGGUGCGAAGAUUGGAGAACAGGUAGGGACCAUCAACAGCGGCUGCUUGGAUCUCACUACAAGGGGACCCAUUCCGUGCAGUAAUAAUAAUAAUAAUACCAUUGUGAAAGCGACAAACCUGAACAGGAGGAAUAAGAAAAAUGAAAUAUUUUCGAAAAAAAAUGGGGAAGGCAAAACCAACAUGAUGUUCAACAACGCAAAUGGCAGAGUGUACGAUUCGUCUGGUGAUAAAAUGGACGGAGAAGAUAGCCAGCAUUACUUUGGUUACGACCCUGCUGAUGGAAAUAAGAAUGGCGCUUUGUGGACGGAUGACGAUGGCGACUAUACGCAGGACGAUAGAGACGAAAGUUUCAACAACAAAACGGUGCACCACAACAAUGAGAGAAGAAGCAGUAGAAUAAGAAGAAGAAGCAACAAAAUAAAUAACAUAUCUGAGCUGAUGAGCGGCGCGUUGAAGAAUAAGGAGGAGAUGCUAAACAUAUUUAGUGUCAUGUACCUCUUCCGCAUAUGCAUUUAUUACCUAAGUAGAAGCAAAGAUUUUAGGAAAGAGGAUUAUUGGCAAGAAUACCAAGGACAGAUUAGAAACUCGAAGAUGAAACAAAAUGUGUAUAAGCUGCUUAACGAGAAGAGUUGCAAAUGUUCCCUCCUGUUCGGAUGGCAAAGGAUAUUCUACCAGUGUGUAAUCACUUGGGAUGAUAAACAGUUAGUAGAUCAGCUGCUGCUUAUAAUUCAGUCCGAAUUGCUAUACCAUUUAGUGGGUUCUAUUGCUCAGAGCGUGUCUCAAAAGAGAGUGAAAGUGGACAUGUUUUAUGCCAUUUCUCCAUCGGUUCACGUUGCGCACUGGAUGUUGGAUACAUUUGUUAGACAUCCCCUAUGUCCAUCGAGAGUAAGAUCUUGCUGUGUUACUCCCUUAGCAGUUACCUCCCUCUUUGGGUUAAUUAUGAAUGGAAAUAGACUACCCAUCUUCAUUGGCAUAGAUGCAUGCAGACUGGUGUACUGGUCUUGUGUAGUGUAUAUAUUACAAAACAGUCGGAGCCACAAAAAGUAUAAGAAAUUGCAGGACAUUGAUAUGUUAACGCAGUUUAGCGUUGAAGUUGACACGAUGGCUGACGAUUACGAUUUGAAAAGUAAGGACUAUAAGAACUCCUUGGAAAGGAAAAACGAAAGAUACAACACUCUUCGGAACAAGUACCAACGAGUCAAGUGCAAUUACCACGCAUUUUUGUCUUACCUUUUUAACUGUGUGCACAUUUGUGGCUCCUCCCUUUUUAACCAAAUUUUGAACCUGAAUAGGGAAAACAAUUACAAAAGCACAAACGGUAAUAAGAACAAAGCCAUCGACAUCAGCAACAACAAUGUUAGAAAUAAUAACGAACACGUGAACAACAUUAUAGACAACCUAAACAACAACAUUAAUGAUAUCCUCAGCUGUAUACAAAACUCCGCGAACAAUAGGAUGAUAAAUAAUAACUUCAACGGAAUCAGCAGUGUUAGCAAUGAAACUAUCUACAAUUUGAACAUAAACAACAGGGCCAGUCCGAACAUUUCCUCGAACAAUGUGAAUAACAACAGCCUGCAGGAGAACACCGAAACGGUUAACUCGUGUAAUAAUGGGAACACCCCGACAACUGCCAACACACUGUAUAUAAACACCACGGUUGGUAGUACCAAGAACGAGAAGAAGUCAACUCACAAUUUUGCCCAUUUUGAUCUGUUCGAAAAUAAGGAGAAAAGCACGUACAGUCCUCUCAAGAUUAACGCAGCGUUACUUAUACACUACUUCGCUUGUGCUGCGUACUACAUUAAGAAGGUCGAUAUGUGUAACAACAUGAAUUACUACGAUGAGCAUGUGCAUACUAAUUUUAAGCAGUACUGUCUUUACCUAUACGUGGUGGAUCACGUGUCAAAGAUGUAUGCUAAGAGCGUGAGACGAAGCGGCAGACUAAGAGGACUUCCCAAGGUGGAUGAAUCGAACCUUGGAGCAGAAUCUUCCCCUUCGGAUGGCUUGAAAAAAAACCCAAAUGAAAGUUCGCAAGAUUUGUGCGAUUUUGCCAUUAAAAAGGGAGCAAAAAAUUGUUCCAUGCAGCACAGUAAGGAGGAAGAAGAACAAAAAAGGACUAGUACACUCAAGGGGGACAAAAACAAGCACCUAUUCUUUGCUGAGAAUAACAAAAUUAUGAAUGCCGUGGAGAGAAGAGACAUUCUAGAUGACCCCUACGAGGGCAACUACCCCGAAAUGUUCGUCGACAAUGUGCUGCAGUUGAGCAAGAAAGUUUGCGCAAAUGUCAUAAUUGAUAUUAAUGAAAAAAUACACCACGUAUGUUCUCCCAACGCGGAUGUGAUUAAGCUGAAAAUAAAGGAUAUGUUCCCGAUACCUAAGGAAAAAACGGAGUUCUUUGCACCAGGGGGGAGAUACCCGCAGGGGCACCAUGACAGUUCGCACAAACAGGGCACUAUUGGAAGCGACAAUCAUAAUGUAGAUCGAAUCAUGCAUUUAGUGCAAAGGGAAAAGGAAGAACUAAAGCAUGUCACCAGAAAGGCGAUUGAACACCCUUCGAUAGUGUUCAGCGCGGACAACGAUUUUCACUACGUUCUACAAGAAAUUAAGCAUAAUAAGGUUCAAGAAUUUUUGUUCCUCGAAUCGAAAUCGUUAAGUGCGGACUUGCACCUGGACAGUGUUGGAAAGGUCAAUUUGGGUUCCCAUAUCCAACUAGUUGAUUUGUGUAACUUGCCACAAGCUUUCAUUCUAACGGGAGAUUCCGAAAUAUACUCAGGUGCACACAACUCUUCCUUUAGCAUUUCUCUUGGAGUAUCGAAUAAACAGAAAGGCGCAGUGCAUCGAUUUAGCGAUUUGGUACAUGUAGAAGUGGGGCUACUAAAUGUGAGUGUCAAUUACGAUUCAGGACAAAAAGACACGUCGCACAGUCUAGAUGAACCAAACAUGGGUGAAUUGAAAAGGUACAGGAACUGCAAGAUGUCAGUCAAUAGAGAAUUUUACAAAAACAGCAACAGUGCUAAUUCGCACAAACUUACAGAGAAUAUGCUCAUUAGCUAUAACAAUUACGCACAACACGAUGUGGAGGCAGAAAAAAUGUUAAAGUAUGCUUCUUUCUUACCAAAAAGUGUGGAGAAAAAGGUGUACGCGAAAAGGGCAAAUCCAAAUGAGUACAGUUGUGCCCAUACAGCAGAUGCGCUCCACGCGAAGGCGACUAAACAGGUUAGGAAGAAUCAUUUGAGCUACUCCGCAAUGAACAAAAGAGGCACUAGCGGUAAGAGGUUUUCCAUGAACAGCUAUGAAGACGAAGAUGGAAAUGGAAAUGGAAACGGCAGUGGCUGUGGCAGUGGCAAUGGCAUUGGCAGAGAUAAUUAUGACCAGUGUCUCAUGUCCGAUGCGUACGACAUUUCGUACUCGAAGACGCUAUCCGACAUGAGCGCCACGAAUUCGAAUGAUGCAUACAACAGGGUGAACAGUUCUAUCACGCUGAAUAUUGCGGACGGGACGGUGUCGACCAUGGGGUUAUUUUUCGACAGCGCUGUUGAAAAUCCCAAGCCCCUAAUGAGAAAUAAAGUAUCCUCCGCGGAUAACGUUAUCCUAAAAGUGAAGGUCAUUGGGAAGCAGGUUCUGUGGUUCUCGAAUGAAACUCUAGUUUUUCGAAAAGAGUUCAGUGCGCAGAUGACGAAUUUUGUCCCACUCAUCAAGGUAACACCCAUCGUGCCACAUAACAAGUUAGACGAAUUUCAGGAUAGUACUUUUGGCAGCUGCUCAAUUCACAUGAAAUUUAUUGACACGAAUGAAAAGAUAUUCGUAUCGCCGCUCACCAACUUUUACUUUAAAUUCGAAAAUGUACACAAAAUGAAAUAUAGAAAUAACUGCACGACAAAUAUGAACAAGAAUUGGAAGAGAAGCCUGUGGAAGCGCACGUGUUUCGUCCUCCCAGAUGCCGCCUGGGCAUGCAGAUCCUCAACCAAAGUAGUGAAGAAGAGCAAAAUGCCCCUCAUAAUAGCGCAACCGGAUAAUGAAAUACUAAUACAUUAUUAUAGUUCCAAGUCUAAUCACAUAUGCAGUGGUGACCCCUUUUCCAACACGUUAUUUUUAACUCCCAAUAUGCAAAUAAAAAGCGAGCCGGUAAACUUUGACAAUGUUAUGCAUUGCAAAAGUGUGCAGGGGGACAAAUGGAAUUUUCUAACCCUAGAAAAUGUCAGAAGUGUAAGAAAUGUACCAGUCAUCAAUUACUACGGUGUUGCCAACUCGUAUAAGCAAUCAGAAAUGGACAAAAUUGACUUAGAUGCACUGAACAGUUGCGAGCAGAAAAAUGUCAAGGCUAUUGCGAGCAUCCAAAAUAUAACCAACAUACAGAAAACGUACGCGAAGAUUCUCGAAACGAACACAAAGAAAGACAUGGAGAAGGAAAGCUCUAACAUAAUCAUGAAGGGAGAGAUGAAUCUGCACAACCAUUUCAAUAGGCUGUGCAAGAAUGAAGAUAUAGGAAUGAAUGCGAAGAGCAAUUUCGACAUUGCACAUAACUAUUCCAAGACAAAUAAGAGCAGGAGCAAUGAAAGGAAGAAGAAAAGUUUAAAUGCUAACGUGGGGUUGAAGGCGAACUACUACGAUGUAAAUGAUGUGAAUAGAACUCAUUACACUUCCUACUACCACGAAUUGAUCCCAGAAAAUAAUGGCCGCAAUUUUAUGCACAGCAACUACAUCAAUGAUUACUUCACCACGAGCAAUGACUCCAAUGUGCACAUAAAAUAUAGGCUUCACAAUUUCCACAAAAUAAAGAAGGACUACUCGUAUAAUGUAAAGUACAGCUCCAUACAAGAAAUUAACGACACUGGUACGCACGGGAAGGCCAAGUACAUCUUCGAUGAAAAAAAACAGAGCAUAAACGACUCACACAGGAGGAAGAAAUAUAUCAAUAGUAACAAAAUAUUUUGCAAGGAAGAUCAUGUGAAUGAUGACAGCUAUUCAUUCAUAAGUAAUAUGCACGACCCAUGUGGCACCCUGAAUGAGGACAAAGCGAUGAGCAAUAAUAUGUAUGCCCCAAAGCAGGACAAGAAAAACGAUAUGAACAGCGUCGAACAGUACUACAAUUAUAGACAGCACGGGGAUGAAUCGAGCAACUGUUCUAUGUAUUACAUAGGGUGCAAAGAGUUUAAACUCUGCGUCGAUUCGUACGAAGCGCUGUUCCCCGCGAAACAUUUUAUUUUCAACUGUACCGUCAACUUUGAAGAAGGUGAUAACAGGAACGGUGCUAAUGAGGUGAAAAAUUCGGUGGGAAUUUUAUGGGGAGGGUACCGUUGGUUAUGGACAAGCAAUGGGAAAUUCAUAUGCCCAUUGAAACUACCCCUCUGUGUGUCGGAAUUUCCACCAGAAAAAAUUGAAGAGUGUGAAAUGGAAGUAGCCAAUUUUAAGUCGAACGAUAAUUUGUGUGUCGAAUUUGAGCCUCACCUCCAAAGCCUCUUCUUUUACAAAAAUGGAAAAUAUGAAUUUGGAUUUAAAUUUGACACCUUCUAUAAUUAUAGAAACGCUGUGGGAAACUGGGUAUAUGAAAAGAGUAAGGAUGCAAAAAUGGAAGCUGCUCGAAAUGUGUCCAAGUAUUCCUACUCGAGCAGCCUCAGCAACGGAAAUGUGAACGAUUUUGGUGCUACCAAAAAUGAGGAUGUCAACAAGUAUCGAAGUAGUACUAAUGAGAAGGGCUCCCUGCCGAAGGAUAUGCAUAAGAUUCAGAAAGAGCAAGACAUGAAGGAUUAUGGUAACGAAGUGGACACGGCGCAGGGGUACAUGAAUAGCCACUUCAACUCUUGUCAUAACACCAAGGCGAGUAACCUGUGCGCACACUCCAUCUCCAAUGAGCAUAAGUGCAGCAAAAGAGUUAGUGGCACAAAUAAUAUGAAGAGUAAGGAGAAAAGAAUGAAUAGGGACACAAGCAGCGGUAAUGGGAACCACCACGAGGAUGUUACGGAAGAUAGCGAAAAUAAAACGGUGAUGCGGAUAAAAAACCACGUUAAUAUGAUCAAAUUAUACAACUCGCUAUUGCUAAAUGAUUGUGAUAAUGUAUCCUCCAUUCUGAUGUAUAACCCAGACUUGCUAGCAAAAUCGGAUGAAACGAAGCAGGAGGUAUCCUUUGAGCAUUACGAAAUAAAUCAAGAAGAUUUUCCAUGUGAACUUGUAUCGUCUAUGAAGAAUAUUAUUUACGAAAAAGAUUUAACCCCGCUCAUGUUGGCUUGCAGAAUUGGAUGUGAAGAAUGUGUGCAGAAAAUAAUAGAAAUAGGAAAAGUGAACCCUAAUAAAGUCUGUCACAAAGUGGAAAAGGAAACCCCCCUAAUGGUUGCUGCACAGUAUGGGUACAGUCGACUCGUGAGCAUGUUAGUCUGUGUAUAUGGUGUGCAGAUAAAUAAAAAAGAUGCAAAAGGGAACACAGCGUUGCAUAAGGUGUUACUCCAGCCGUGCCCAGAUGAUGGGAAGAAAAAUUGCACCUCGAAGAUGGUGCAGCUGCUACUCAAAUUAGGGGCCGACAUCAGUUUGGUGAACAAAAAAGGGUUAUCUGUGGAAGACUUGGUGCAAAAGAAUUUAAUUAAAAAUAAGAAAGUAGAAGCUAUUUUAAAAAUGUGGAUAAAGCUAUCACUAAAGAGUAAGAAAAAGGACAAGAAAAGUUAUAUCAACAAGGACCUCAUCCCCGGUUUGCUUUCCAACUGUUCCGUAGUCAUAGGCCUUCCCAUAUGCUUAAACAACUCCAGUAAUAGCUACUCCUCCGUGAAGAUAAACUCCUUCGUCAUUGGGGGCGAAGAGUUAGUUACUGCUAGAAGUUACAAACCGGUUGGCAGCUGCGACGAUGAGGUGGACUGCAGCCAAUACAACCAGAACAAUAAUGAAUGGAAAGGCAGAAGGACAGACGAGGAAUACUACAGCUGCGAUAACUCCUCCAGAAAUAUGUCCAUAUCGAACUUUUGCAAUGUAGAUGGUAAAACGGAUGCAAAGGGUGAAAAGGGCGAGAAAGUCGAGACGGAUGAGAAGGGUGAGAAGCAAGGCCUGUCCAAAGGAAACCACUUUUUAAAAGACGCAUCCGCCAUGGAGAAAGUGAACAGAACGAGUGAUAAAUUUUUGGAAGAGCUAAGCUACGGCACACAGCUGAACAACUUUUCGGGAAGGAAACCAAUUGGCAGAUUAAACGACGCGGAGGAUGCACACUUUGAGGAACGAACGAAUAGGUCGGACCCCACAGACCAGAAGAGGAAGAAUCCAAUCAGUUAUAAGGCCGACAUGAAUUCGAUAUAUGAGCGGCUUGAAAGGAAGGUCAGCAGCGACAGCGGCCACACGAAUCAUUUCCCCUCCAUGGGCGAAGGCACGAUCUGCUCUCAGAAGGAGAACCUGAGCGACAUAGUCAUGUGCGAAAAUGAUGCCGAAAAUUAUGAGGAUAACGAAAACCGUGGUGAUAACAACCGUGAUGGUAGCCAAAACGAUGGUGAAAGCGUCGCCACGCUGAGCAGAAACAAAUUGACGCGCAAACCGGUGGGUGACAAGCAGAGAGGGAAUGGCCAGUAUACAUCCGUGGAGGAAGGACACAGCGAAGACGAGCGAGAGAGUUAUAGCCAAGGUGCCCCGUACAGAUUGUCAAGCCGGGCAAAACUGUGCAAAGAUAAAAAUGACUUACUGAACCAUUUGAUUGUCCAUUCUCGAGGUGAUGGUAAGUAUGAAGAUACCGACGUGGAGUUCAUGUUGGACGAAGAAGAGAAGCUAAUGAAAAAUCGCAUCACACAGAAGGAGGCAAGAAGUAAGGAAGACCUUCACUACGAAGAUCUGAACUGCAAAGGAAGAAAUAUCAAAAAAAAAUGUUUUGUAUUUUCCAGCACGAGGAAAAAUAUGUUCAACUAUCAAGAUCUGCAAGGAAGUCUAAUCGAAUUUAUUAACAAAUCAGGUGUCUUCUCGGACAUAUUUAAAAAUAAUGGAUACAUGGAUGCUAAGAGUAUCCCCAAAUUUGAUGAACUGAAAAAUACACUAAUGCAAAUUAAGAGUGAAGAGGAUGUGUUUAAGGGAUUUCAAAAUUUUCUGGAAUUAUUUGACUACCUCUACAUGGAUGAAAGAUUAAAAUAUUUCAUGAAUAUCGAUUUGAAGAAAAAUUUAAAAAGCUGCCACAGUCUCCUGGACUUAGGAUACAUUCUUCUCAAAGUAGACAGCUUCUCUAACAUUUUUAACAGCUUCAAAUUGAAGUGGAAUACGAGUAUGCAUGAUGAAUGGAAAAAGAAGCUACUAAAAGGACUUGGUAUUUUCAACGAAUUUUAUGACAUAAAAUGGGUGACAGAUUCGUAUACAAUUUAUAGGUAUGAAGAAGACAUGAUAGAAUCAGCUUCCCUUGUAGAUAAGGUCCUACAGAAUGGAAACAACUUGCUGUUCUAUAGUAGCCUCAUGAAUAUCAUCGAUGAGAAAAGGUCUUUCUUAAGAAAUGGUAUGUACGAUGCACAUUUGUUUAGCGACAUUUUUAAAAAUAUGGAUGUGGAGAAUUUAAACAGAGAUGCUUUACUGUACGACUUUUGUUCGAACAAAAAUAUUCUGAAGGAGUACCUCUUUCAUGAGAAUAACAAGAGGCUAAUCUGCAACAAUGACUGUAGCGACGUGACGGACAAGUAUAAGAAUUAUAUAAGCGAGUGUUUUGUGAAUGGAGGCAGCAUGAAGGGGUACGAGGACCACUACUCGGCGUACGACACCGUGGAGGAGGCCAAUGUGACGAAGGAAAGGAAGUCCAGAAAGUACCACACGUAUGAUAGGUCCUCUUACAGGGUCAGCUCCAAGCAGUACAUCCCGCUGUUCAAAAUUUCGAACGACAUGUAUAACAGCGUAAACGAUUCCAACAAGGGGGGUAGCCCUUCGAAGUUCGCGCCCAUUGGGGCGGCAAAUGGUGCAACAAAUGGUGUGGCAAACGGUGCGGCAAGCACAACCGCUAACGCUAUCGCUACGGCUAUCGGCAGAACCUCACAUAAUGAGAGCAACGGCAGGGAAGAAAUAACCCCAGAGGAUGCCCCGUGCAGCAGCGCGUCCAACUACUACCAAAGUGGCAGUAACAACAAAAAUGAAUUCGUGCACAGCGGAAUGCAAAGCGGAAUGCACAGCGAAGAAGACAUCAACGCGGAGCACAGCUUGACAAAACAUAGCUCGAUGCGCUCUAUCAAGUUAGACAUCGGGGGAGAUAAUCAUCACGUGAGUAACAACAAUGCAACGUGUAAUAGAAAAAAAAGCCAAUUCUUGUGUGGGAAGCAGCUGAGAAAUGCCCUCUUCAUGUUGCAGGGGAAUUGCGAAGAGGAGAGCAAUAAUGGAAACGCCUUGAAGCAGCAUUUUCCAUAUGAAGUUUCCAAAACGUACGGUCAUAAAAACGGGAAAAAUACGAAUGACUUCAUCACCGAGGAGGAACGAGAAAAUUCGAUCCACUGCCAAUUUAGUAGCAACAAAAAUGACAUGGCAAAAAAUUAUAUCGAUGAAAAUAAUCACUUUAACAAAAUAAACAACAGAUAUGAUAAGAACAAAAAACGUUCUAUGCUGAAUAGCGUUUCGAAGAAACACAAAUGGAACCCCCCCACUGCGUCUGACCAUUACUAUAAGAAGCAUUCUUUGGAUGGAAGUUUCCUCCGCGAUGAGUAUAACGAUCAAAAUGACAAAAUGGAUGAUGAAUAUGACCUCAUGUGUGAGUUGCAAUUUAUAUCCAAACCAUGCGACAAUGAUAUGAUAAGAGAAGAAUGCAACAAAAUUUGGCCACACACACUUGACACCUAUGUGCUACAUAUAUACGACUUGAUAAGUAGCUAUAUGGACUCUUCAGAAAAAAUAAGUUUAUUUGUAUACCACGCAUUUGAUAUGGAAAAAAUAAAAAAAAAACUCCCAUGUAAAACUUCCCAAUUGUGGAAAAGAAUAAACAUGUCCUUGGAUGACUUCAUUGAGGAAAUAAAAAAGGUUCAUAAUUUUACCAUGAGAAUUGUAUACCAAAGUAAUUACAAAAGAUAUGGGAUGUUUCCUCCAAACUUCAAAAAAUAUUUUGUGCUUUCUGAUGAAUGUCUAAGAUAUAUAGCAAAAAAUAAAAUGGUUAUGACUGUGGAUUAUUACAAAACCAAUGUGUACGAAAAGAAUAAGCAUCUCUUUUUGAAAAUUAUUCAGGACCGUAUCACUUUGUUGAAUAAGUUUAAUACGUACUUUGAGAGUUGCCUGCCGAUUACGGCUGUAUUAUUUAACAAGCCCGUGAUUCAUCUGGAGGAGCAUGGGUUGCGCACCUUGGAAUGUCCUUUGUGUUUUUUCGCGGAUGGGGAUAAGUUUCUACCGUGGAGUGCCAUGAAGGUGAAAAAUGGAGGCACGCGCAUGGGAAGCGGCUGCUUAAAUUCGCAUGUGAGAAUCGACACGGACAGUAGCGAGGGUAGGAACGCCUCUGAGGGGAUUGACCAUGUCGGAAGUGGCAAUGUAAGAAGUGGCAAUGUAAGAAGUGCCAACCCGUGUGCGAGAACGCGAAGGAGAAAGGACGCGUAUGAAGAUCCCACCGGACUGAACGACCAGGGUGGACCCAAGGAGAGCAUCACCAACGUAGCGUCAAAAGUGGAACAAGAUGGAAAAAACAAAUGGAACAAUUUGGUCAAUGCUGACUCCGAGAAAAACGAUCAUAACAGCGCGUCUACUGAAAAAAAUAAUUCUAUCGUAGAGGAAGAAGGAUUGAUGUACAAAAAUGGCCCCUCGCAGAGAAAAGGCGAGUGCAGAAGCAUUAGCGUGGAAAAUGAGUUUAUUAGAGCCAAUUUGGAAAAUGUGCAGAAAGGAAACCCAAAUGGAAACUUCUACACUAGUGGGGAGAGCGAAAAGGAAACCCAAGAGGACUCAUUGGCAGACUGCAUAAGACACUGUAAAAAUGGGUACACCUCCAGUAAAAUGGUUUUAGCGAUGGGCUCUUCGGACCUCCCCGUACAGCUGUCCUCCUACCUGUUUGUUAAGAAGUUGCUUAAACAUGACACCUCCUUAAAAUUGUGGAAGGAUUGUUUGAAAAAUAUCACCUCGUCCAGCUCGGAGAAAUCCAAUUUAACGCUUAGAAUAGACAGAGGCAUGGCUGCAACGGCGAAAAAUAUUGCUCACACGAUGUGGUACCAAAGUACGUACUCUUUGCUAAACAUAGACACACAUAAAUUAAGAGGAAAGCCAAGGGAUAGACCUUUCAUGGUGGUAUUUAUAGGAGAAGGAGCAACCGAUUUUGGAGGUCCCUUUCACGAAUUUCUUUCUUCCAUUUCGAGAGAAGUUAUGGGCAAAUUGUCAGACUCCCCUGAUAAAAGCUUACCCAUAUUUCCUCUGUGCAUUCCGUGCCCUAACUACACCCAAGCAAUGGGAGGACGCCAAGAUACCGUUAUCAUUAACCCUAAAAUUAACUCGUACAAUGUUAAAGAAUCCGAUUAUGUUGGCGAAAUAGACAUGAUUGAUAAUUUGGAAAACUUUAGGUGGCAGAUACUGCACAUAUACAAUUCGAUACGAAAUAUGAAAAAGAAAUUACACAAGUCGCAGAACAGCAUGUACCAGGGGGGUUAUAAAUCCAAGGAAGGAAAUGAUUCUUUGGAUGAGGAGGAAGGACAAAAUGGGGAAGAUCAGCACCUGUAUGAUGAGGACUUCUCGGGAGGUAAGAAAGACGCUAGAGAAAAGUUAACCGAUAAAAAUGGAGAUAGUCACAGCCAUGAGAAUAGGAGUACCCAAAAUUGUAACAUAAAUGCAAGUGGGACAUUGGAGAGAGCCACUCCAUCACACAGCGAGGGAAAUGAAAAGGGGAAUAGCCAUGUUGACAAUUACGAUUGUAUGGGGUCUGCAGGAAGACAUGCGGAGGAUGCUAGCAGCAGUGGAAGUGGCAGUCCAGAGGGCAAACACAACAACAUCGGGGAGGAACUGCCCGGAGAUAUGCUUCCCUUACAUGGGGGAGACAAGCUAGCCAAUCGGGGCGCAAGGAACAAUGACAAAAUGUACCUCUUUGGCAGCAAAAAAUCUGUUACAUUUGAAAAAAUACAGCAAGGCAAUAAGAUGGACUUCCAUGUGGAUAACAAAUACGAGCAAAGUGGCUCAUACGAAAAUUGUGACUACGACAGCGAUGUGCUCGAAAUUGUGAACAACAUAUCGCUCAAAACGAGACAUGAUUUCUUGAACAAAAUAUUAAAGAAGAAAAAAACGAAACGGACGAAAAAAUCGUAUGUAGCGAAAUGGACCAGAAAAAUGUCCACUCUGACAGUUUCAAAAAGAAUAGCAAAAAUAGCAAAAAAUAUGAUUUGA